AUGCCUCCAGCCCCAACACAGGACGUUGAGCAGCGCGACGGUCUGUCUGAUGACAGCCAGGACACCGGCGCCAAAUACGACGAGGAGGAGGCGCCUGUGAAGAAGGAGAAGACCCGCAAGAAGAGCAAGAAGAACAAGGUCGAACGACGCAAGAGGCGGUCCAUGUUUACCGAUGACGAAAUGGACAUGGGCAUGACGCAGGGAAACUGGGGUAUGCAGCAGCAGCAGCAGCCACAACAACAACAAAUGCAACAACAGCAGCAGCAGCAAGGCGGUGGUGGGAAGAGUGAUGCGCUCAGUCUGCAUCUUGAGUUGAACCUGGAGAUUGAGAUUCAGCUCAAGGCGAGGAUCCAUGGUGAUCUUACUCUCACAUUGCUGAAUUAG